AUGUGUAUUAAUAUAGGUUUAAAUGUUAUUAGAUAAAAUUACACAAACGCUAAUUUCUUCAUUUAAUUCUUACCUAAGAAUGAUACAAAUAUAUAUGUAAUUUUUGAUUAAUACUUGAAAGAUUAGGAAGCAAUUUACUUGUCGGAGAUAAUCUCUCUUCCAAGUUUUUCAGGAUUAUAAUUUAAAGUAAGUAAAGAAGGAAUACCUUUAAAUUUUACAUCGUUGGUAGAAUAAAAAGCUAGUAAACUUAAUUAGAGUUAUUAGUUAAUUUAAUCAAUUUCAAUUAUAAAUUAUUCUUUUAAAUUUUUUGUUAACAUCUAUUUAAUAGGAUUUAAUAGUUACUCACUUGAUAUUUUAUAAAACAAUUACUAAGCCAACGAAGAUUUUUACUAAUAAAUUCUAUUAACAUCAAUCAAUAUAUAUAUAAAUGUAAGUUCUCUAUCGGUUGCCUACAGCAUUUAUCCUAAUAUGUUGAUAAUAGGAUUAAGUACUUAUGAUACAAUAUAUUUGUUUUAAUACUUACCUUACAGCAAUAGUAUUAUAAAUUAUUUAAAUAACACUUUUAAGGAAAAAUUCUCCGGUUUUUUUAUUGAAAUAUCAUAGUAUUACAAUUUUAACUCUAAACAAAUACUAACAUUUAAUUUUACAAAAAGCUUUACUUUAAAUUAAAAAUUAUUGUUCAACAACAUAUAAUUCAAUUCAAUCUAAGUAAUUGUGAAUAUGUAAAAAUUAUCUUCUUUUUUAUACAUAAAUAAUAUUAAUGAAGUCAUAAUAUUAUCAAUUGAUUAAAAUAGCUUUCCAAUACCGAUAGCUUUGAUUCAAGUCAAUUUUACAAUAAAAUAAAUAAAUUUAGUCAGUUCUUAGUUGAUACUAUCAUAUUUAUUUAAUAAUGAAUCAAAUCCAUGCUUCUAAGUUUGGAAUGUGUAAUAUUUACCAAGAUUCUAUUAUGUUAAUGAUCUAUAUUGUGUAAACUUUGACAAUAACAUAACAAUAUGA